CUUCCUCCCUCAUUUUUAUAAACACGUCAGCAAAGCUCAUUCCUUGUGGCAGUCGCGGAGUGCUCCUUAGGAUCCGUUCCAUCUUCGUCCUCAGUCUUCAUCUCCUCUGAACAGCUGAGCCUGACCAUAAUCUAGCAAUAGUAAGGUAAGCCAUCAUGGGUCGUGUCCGCACCAAGACUGUGAAGAAGUCCUCUCGCCAGGUUAUCGAGAGGUACUACUCCCGCAUGACUCUGGAUUUCCACACGAACAAGAAGAUCCUGGAGGAAGUUGCCAUCAUCCCGUCGAAGAGGCUCCGGAACAAGAUCGCGGGGUUCUCCACCCACCUGAUGAAGCGCAUUCAGAAGGGACCCGUCCGUGGGAUCUCGUUGAAGCUGCAGGAGGAAGAGCGUGAGCGGCGCAUGGACUUUGUGCCCGACGAAUCAGCCAUCAAGACCAACGAGAUCAAGGUCGACAAGGAGACUCUCGACAUGCUCGCUUCUCUCGGCAUGUCCGACAUUCCUGGGCUCGUCGAGGUUGAGCCACAGGUUAUGAUGCCUGCCCAGGCUUUCGGCCGCGGUGGACCUGGUAGGAGGUACUGAUUGAGGCCAUCCAAUUCCUCUUUAUUCCUAUUACUAUGGUGAGUUUGUAUAGAUGCGAGAUCCUGCCAGAGUGUUUCCUUCUAGUGAUAGUUUUUAAUGAUUUUUACGAGUUCCAUAGUUACUGGGUUGGCAUGAUUUUAGCGCCUUGUUCUCCCUCUCUUUGUCCUGUUGGUAUUGGCAUGAAGUUUACUUCAUGGCUUACCAUAUAUCAAAUCAAUUUUUUUCUAA